GCCCCAGACACCCCCUCCCUCCCCACACAACCUUCAGAGAAAUAAACCGAAAACUCAAAAAAUGGACACGGCCAGAACAACAGCGACCGCGACGGCCACAACAACACCGCUAUUCACAACGCCCGCAACGUCCACAGCCUCCCGCCUCAAGCGUCGCUCUACAGUCCAUACCGCUAUCGCUGCCAACAACGUCCACGUUUCGCCGUACCCGACGUCCCCGCGCUCCUCCGAGCCCCCGUGUAAGCCCACGUCUUCCCUGGCACGUAAACGACGAAGCUCGAUUAUGUCCAGAGGGAGUAUGUCGCCCGGGGGAAGUAGCGGGAGUGGAUGGAUUGAGGUGGGGGGUUGCGAAAAUAGGGGGGGUGGAGGUGAUGUGGAUAUGGCACGGGAGGGGGUUGAGGAGGGGUUUUCGAAGAUUUCCCAGGCUAUGAAUCUCCUCUCACUCCAACCCACCCCAACCCCAACUCCCACAACACCUUCAAAUUUUGACGCACCGGUGCAUUGGCCCUCGCCCGAGGAAUUGCUUAAAGAGUCCUUACGCCAAUCGUUGUCCGCCCUUCACGCUCUCUCGCAGAUAAAAUAUCUCGUUGAAAAGUCCCCCUCAUCAAUCGAUGAGCAGAACGGAGAAGCUGGAGGUGGCGGGGUCAGCGAGGUAAUGGGGGUUUAUGAUAGAGCAAUGCAUGAAAUGCGUGCAGCUGCUGAGAUACUUGCAUGGGCGGAACGGCAUCUUUCGGAAGAAAAGGAGAUUGUAAGGGAGCGGCUACUGAAAGGGUAAUUUUCGCAGUUUUUUUGUCUAUGAUUGAGGAGUAUAGGAGAGGUGGGGUAAUGGA